AUGCGCCUUCAAACAAAUUUGGCCUAUCUCGCAAUGGUAGCCGAUGAAUACAACGGAAACCCUCGAAACAAAGUAAAGCCCAAAGUACCAAAUUUAUCCCCCUUACCCAUUCCACGUGGUUCAUGCGGACAAAAUCUUAACAACCUUAUUCAACGAGCUGUACAAGUCUUUUCGGACUAUAAAAAAUUUCAUAGGCCCGAUGGUGUUUCUACAACUGUAAGUUCUAAUGCGAAUAAUAUCACGCCAUCCGCAACGAUUGCUGCAACUUAUCAGCGACAUUCAUCUUCGCUACAACCAAAUAUGGUAGCUAAUAAUAACAAUAUUACCGAUUAUACAAUGAUGACAACAAGUAAUAAUUCCGAACAAUCUUAUCAAGUUCUUCCUCCAUUAGUUGGAAUUGGUGGUAUGUCAAUUGGAAAUGCAGGGAACAGCAAUGCUAACAACGGACAAGGCACAGGAAUAUUACCUUCUUUAAUUGGUUUAAAUGAUCAGUUUGGCAUGCCUAUAUCUCAACAGCAACAACAACAAUUACAGAAUGUAGGAUUCACAGGAUUUAUGAGUGGCAAUUCUGGAAUUUCUAGUGGUGCAGGAUUUGGUACCACAAAUACUUAUGGUAUGGCCCGAUAUUCAAGCGCUAAUGGAAGCAGCGUCAUGAAUAACGGUGGUAUUGGCAAUAAUGGAGCAGGGUUGGCAAGUAACAAUAACAUGGGAAGCAAUGGUAUUGGUGUUAAUGCUUUGGCAGGUAACGGUUAUGGAAGCAAUAGCUCGUAA